AUGUGCGGGUAUUGGGGGGUGCAGGGUGCGGAGAGCGCGGGGCAGGCGCGCCGCGGGCCGCCACUUCUCUGUACUCGAGGAGCCCCGGUACACCUCGGUUUCCGGCGGGUGCUCCCUCGCGGAUUCGCAAGUGUGUCCCGCUGCGCUAGGCCCGCGUGCCCCGUGCCGGCCACGUGCUCGCUUGCCGCUCGCCGCUCGUCGCUCGCUGCUCGCCUACUGACGGUGACGGCAACUCAUUCUACCCCGACUUUUAAGGCUUUUAACGAUGGUUCUAUCGAAGGCCGCGGCUACAAAAGCGCCCCCGGCGUGGCUCGGCAGCGAUGGGUACUAGCUCCUGCGGCGCCCCACCGCAGCUCGCGCCGCGACCGCCACGCAGUCUUCCCGCGCGGUCCGCACGUGUGUCUAGCGUGUUUUAACAUCGGAUUUCAAAGACCAGAGAGCCUUGAAUCAUCUUUGUCCAUCUCUCGCGACACAAAGGCAAGUGUGUACGCUAUGAAUGAUCAGACUUUUCAUACGCCAUCUUUUGGAGACGAAGAAUUUGAUAUUCCCUUGAUCCACGGACAGCAUGCGACAGGUGGUGGCGGCCAAAACGCACACAUACAGUACUCUCAACUUCAUCACUCUGCGCCCCAGGUCGGUAUGAUGAAUCCGGCUCAAGACGGCUUAGCACCACCUGGCGGUGCUCCUUCGUAUCAACAGCCUCUAUAUCUACAAGAACCACAUACGCCUGUCACUUCUCACAGUAACGCUGCUGCUCCAGCAGGUAAUUAUAUGAUUCAGCAACAGCCUGGUGGCCAACAACAAUUACUGAUGCUACAACCAACUCAAGUCAUGAGUGGACCACCAACACCUAGCACGCCAACUCAACCUGUGCCAGUUUAUGGGUCUCCACAGAGAGCCUCGCCUCCUGGAACCACAAGUGAUGACUCAGAUGAUAGUGUGCCUUCUCAUCACUCCCAGUUGCCUGGUGAUGCGGAAAGCCUUCUGCCUAUUCAUUAUUGCUCAGCGAGCCGGCAGCAACAAACUACGCUUCAUCAGGUGGGUGUAAGCAACAUAGGUGUUAAGAGAUCCUCACCGGAGCCAAUGGAUAAUGGCGUAAAUCGUGGCCAGAUGCAGAAAAAACCUAAAGUGCAGAAAAAGAAAAAAAAGAGGGACCCUAAUGAACCGCAGAAACCUGUAUCAGCAUAUGCAUUGUUUUUUCGAGAUACACAAGCAGCUAUUAAAGGACAAAAUCCAAAUGCAAGUUUUGGUGAAGUCUCUAAAAUUGUUGCAUCCAUGUGGGAUGGCUUAGAUUCAGAACAUAAAAGUGUUUAUAAACAGAAAACAGAAGUAGCUAAGAAAGAAUACCUGAAAGCGUUGGCAGCAUAUCGAGCCAGCUUAGUGUCUAAGGGUGGUGAACAAGAAAAUCAAAUAAUGUAUAACCAUAAUAAUGCAAAUGCAAAUUACGGAACAUACUAUCAAGGCCAACAAUAUGGCAAUGGACACUCACCUCAAGGUUAUGCGCCAAACGCAGUUCCACAGGGCUACACUCCACAAAACUUUCCCGGGAGUCAGCCUCCGCCUACAUAUACUGGAGCCCCACCUCAGGGAUAUCCUCCUAAUGCGCAACCACCACCUCAAGGCUAUCAAGCAAAUAUGGGACAUAAUCCUCAAUCGUAUCAAGGCGUUCAAGGACAAGCUCCACAGGGAUACCAAGUAAAUCCAGCGAAUUCCACUCAACCAUGUCCACCAAACAUGACACAGUCACCGAGAAGCUACCAGCCUGCUCAGUCUCCAAAUUACGCAACCAACUCUGGGAUUUCACCACCAGGAUACAGACAAGUGCAGUCUCAAUCACCACCCUUGCAAUCAGUCCAUGCUGCCAUGCAGUAUCAUCACUCACAACAGAUGCAACAAGCGCACCAAGUUCAACAAUAUCAGCAACAACAAUCUAAUCAACACCAACAACAGCCACAAAUGCAACAUCAGCAGCAAGUACCGCAAUCUCUCCAACACCAGCAAGUUCAGCAACCUCUCCAACACCAAGCUCAACAACCUCUACAACACCAACAAGCUCAGCAACCUCUCCAACACCAAGCUCAGCAACCUCUCCAGCAUCAACAAGCUCAGCAACCUCUCCAACACCAGCAGCAACACCAACAACAACCUCAGCAGCAGCAGAGCCAGCAGCAGCAACAGUUGCAGCAGAAUCAACAACAAAGUCAGAACCCUGGAUUAAAAAGUGAACAGACUCCUAAUAACAAUGCAAAUUCAAAUUCUGGAAUGCCACAUCACUCUCCAGAGCAAAAUGAAAAUGGGACGACACCGUCAUGUAUACGCCAGGGCUGUACCAAUCCUGCUAUUUCUAACAGCGAGUGGGAAGAUGAAUAUUGCUCUAAUGAAUGUGUUGUUAGUCAUUGCAGAGAUGUUUUCAGCUCAUGGGUUGCAUCGAACACCAACAAUCAAAUGCAAAAUUUUUCUGCCGUGAAGUGAAAUCGUAUAAAUAUAUAACAUAUCAAGAUGUACAGUAAGCUACAAAAUUUUAAAAUGAUAAGAAAGUUAUUAGUAUAAUAAUUUGCCUUGUAAUGGAUAUUUAUUGACUCAUUAUUAUAAUAAAAUAAAAUAAUAAUGGUCUCAGAUCAUGGUUGAAAAUAUAAUUUCUACUGCAACAGAAAUUUGCAUUUUUAAUUUCAACAGUUAGAGUGCCUUGACAAAUUAAUAAUUAUUUCUGUUACUACGAAGAUGAAUCAUUUCCCAUACUAAUGAUGAAACUACAAAUGUAUGAGUAAAAUGCUCUAAGAAUUUUUCUUACCAUUAUUUGUGAUGAAAUCAAUCAAUUAAAAUUUUGUAAUGAAGAUAAGGUAUACCUUAUGUAUUUUAAUCUCACUAUCAGAAUGUAUCAUUGAGACUUCUCAUAUACAUUGUAUACACAUAUUUAUGUCUAAAACAAGAAUGGGAUAUACUUAAUUAUACUUCCAUCAAAAAGAUAACAUUAAGUUAUUAAUGUAUAGUAUUAAUAGGAUUUAUUUAGUAAAAUGAGUAUUGGUAAAGUAAUAAAACAAUAAUUAUGUAUAUUCAUUGGUUAAUAUUUAACUAUUUUUCGCCUUAAAUACUUUUGGAGAGAUUUGUUAAAAAAAAUUUAGUAAUUAAGCUGAAAAACGUAAUAACGCUAUGAAAUUUAAUGAUAUGAAUAAUGUGAAACAAUUUUUUUUAAUUUAUUAUUAAAAAUAUAUUAUUAAGUUUUGAUUUAAAAAGAUUAGGACAUGAUGAGAACGGUAAUAAAUGAUAGAUUAUGUAGGUAAGAAAAAUAAAUUGUCAUAAUACCUACUUUGACAUGUUAAUUACUCAUAAAAUGUAUUCACAAUAGCAAUACAAAAUUAUUCCUUAGAAGUUGUGCUUAGCAUAGGAUAUAGCUGGACCAAAAUUUUCUUUAUAUUCAGAACAACUGAUACUAGUUAAAAAUAUGUAUUGUUUCAUUGUAUAUUCAGUAAGUUACAAGUGUAAAUAAAUCCUUGCAAUAAUAGAAAUAGAGGUAGAUAAGAGAAGAGAAUAUGUCAUAUUUCAAUUUUAUGUAAUUUAUAGUUAAUCUCAAUAAUACUUAAGAUUUCCUUACAACAAAAUAUCCUUAUAAAUUGUAAAAUAACUAUGUAUAAUAUGUAACUAGAACAAUUAUUUCAUUAAAUUUCUUAAGCAAUA